GUUUGGUGCAAGUAUCUUCAUUUAGCAUUGAUGGCAAAGUUACAGGAUGUCGUGUUCAUGACUUAAUACAUGACAUGAUCCUUAGAAAAGUGAAGGAAACAGGGUUUUGUCAAUAUUUUGAUGAGCAUAAUCAAUUAAUGUCAAGUGGGAUCGUUAGACGCUUAACAAUAACAGCAGGUUCCUAUGAUUUGAUUAGAGUUGAAAGAUCACACAUUCGGUCAAUUCUAAUUUUCACAAAGGAAAUUUUAUGUGAACACUUGAUGGGCGAAAUCCUUGCAAAAUACAUGCCGUUGAAGGUACUUGAUUUUGGUUAUGCUCAAUUCAGUCAAUUGUAUGAUGUUCCUGAAAAUUUGGGGAAUUUAAUCCACUUGAAGUAUCUAAGCUUCAGGUAUACACGGAUACAAAGUCUCCCAAAAUCUAUUGGUAAGCUCCAAAACUUGGAGACCUUGGAUGUACGAAAUACAUUUGUGUCUUACAUAGCAAAGGAGAUUAGCAAACUUAGAAAGCUGCGCCAUCUUCUGGGUGAUACAUUAUCUUCCAUUGAAGUAAUGGAUAGUCUUGGAAGCAUGACAUCCCUUGAAAAGAUACGUGUACUCAAAAUAGAUCCUGACGGAUUGGUGAUUAAAGAGCUAGGAAAGUUAAAGCACUUAAAGGAUUUGAGGAUUGCUAGUUUUAGGGAAGAACACACAAACACUCUAUGUGCCUCAAUACAUGAGAUGCAAUUAGAGGCACUACAUAUUUAUGAGCCUCUUUGGAUAAAAAUUAGACUCUAUCCAGAAGAUGACAAUGAAAUAAUUGACUUGCCCUUUAUGUCAUCCCUAUCUACAGUCAGGAAGCUUUGCUUAAAUGGGAAGUUAAAAAAGUUACCAAAUUGGAUUCCUCAGCUUCAAAAUCUUGUGAAAUUAUCUUUGAAGAAUUCCGACUUAACUAAUGAUCCAUUGGAAUCACUGGAAGAUAUGCCAAAUUUAUUGUUCCUCUCUAUCAGUUCUCAUGCUUACGUAGGUGAAACUAUGCAUUUUCAAGAUGGAGGGUUUCAAAAACUAAAGGAGCUAGAGCUUAUAUAUUUGUCCAAAUUGAAUUCCAUCUUUAUUGGAAGAGGAGCACUACAUUCUUUGAAAAAGCUUCAAUUAGAAAAAAUCCAACAUCUCAAGACAGUACCCUAUGGCAUUCAACACUUAGCGAAACUUGAAGUUCUUAAUAUCAGGUAUAUGCCAUAUGAAUUUGAGCAGAGCAUUGCUGACGAUGGAGGACAAGAGCAUUGGAUGAUCCAACAUGUGCCCUGUGUACAAAUUACAAACUUGUCGACUUUCCCAAAGAGAGAGUCAGUUUCAAAAGUCCAAUAAUAUCCAGAUUUCUAUAUAAAAAAAAGAUUAGGGAGAUUUGCGUAUUUGGAUUCUUGAAGGUUGGGACCGAGCCAUUCUUAUUAUGAGCAAGCACAAGGACUGGUUAAAGAGUUGGUGGAAUAUUCAAGAUAGGAAGAUAAGCCAGAAUUGGACAACAUCUAACUUUCAUAUCCAUACCAUCACAAAAUUACCUCAAUGGCUAGCAGGUUUUUCAAUGCAAGCUACGAAGCACAAGCUGGUGGACACUGUAGUGAUUGAUGGGAUUCAGUUGUAGUCACCCACAUUAGUGAUUUUGGUAUAAUAAAAGUACUCAAUAUCCUACAAUGUAAAAGGACUGCUGGCUGAUAUGUUG